CUCUCCCUCGGCCCCCUGCGCAGUUGGUUUUGCAUUGACACGCCGCUGCGGAGCUUUGCAACGUCAAAUUUGCAAGAGCUCGUUUGAAUUCUCACCGAGUUGAGGCCUCACGUUGUGUGGGGACCGCGGAGUCAACUCGUGGUCGGUGAAGCGAGUCGGAGUCUGCAGUCUUUCUCCCUCCCUCUAUCUCUCCCUCUGUCCCUCCCUCCCUCCUCCUCCUCCUCCUCCUCCCAGCUCCCGUCAGUCAGGAGUCUUUUAUCGCAGCUUCCCUCUCAUCCCCUCCGCGCUCUGCUCUUCGGUGUUCAAACUUUCCCUGAAGGAGACGGAUCUUUCAACAACAUACGUAAAUAAAUUAACCAGCUGUUCUUCAUUUGCUCGGGACUUGGAGGAGGGUUCAUUGUCUGUGUCAUUUAUAUCUCCUGUGUUGGUGCAGGACGCGUCUCUGGUGCGCCCCGGACCAGAAUGGACCGCAGAACGUGUCCGGUGCGUCCGCCUUGGAGCUCUGCUGCUGCGCCCGGGACAAACUGAUAGAUAUCCUGAGCGGAAGCGGACUGAACGCACACCUGCGCUACACCCCGUUGGCUCCGUUCAAGCAUAAAGAUAAAAAAAAACAGAAGCGGAGAGUCAUUCCUCAGCCGAAGAGAGGACAUGGACAUACUGUAGCCAGCGCUGGAAGACGACGAGGAGGAUGUAGAGGGACAUGACAAGCUGCAGGAGGACGCAGGUGGAACAGUCGGAUGUCUUCACGGACUGAAAAGCACAAGUCACAUGUUAGACAACACCUCCAGUCUGAAGAAAGUGUGUUCAGCAGGCACAUGAAUCCAACAAGAGACUAAGGCAGCUCAUCCGAAGGGGCUGGUUCCACACGGAGAUCGAAUCAACUUCGUCAAGUGCAGAUGGAUGGUGCUGAUCCCUCGCUCCGGAGGUGUGGAGUGACAGAUGACAGAGGGAUUGAUACAGCGGGAGAGAGAGAGAACGAGAGAGGUCACUGCCACCGGUGACGGAGACAACAAGCAAAGGUCAAGCCGAUCAUUCGGGAGGCGAGGAGAGAACAUCCUGAUCCUCCAACUCUGACCUCAAAGAAGAAAAGCCACUUGCAACACCUUGGAUACAACCAACCACACCAGCGACACUUACAGCCGAUUUCAGAUACUAAAACUAUCCGGCAAAGAUCUGGUGGACCGGUGGAUACAGAAAGCAGCAGCCAUGGAUAUGAACAAUUCAGUUUUUAGCUCCGAAUUAGGGACUCUUAAACUCUUAGCUACAUCAUGAGGUGGAUGUGAUUCAACAGCAAGAAGCAACACAAGGCGAUUUGACUCAUCUUCGUAUACCUUGAGAACGCGUCGCCACUGAUUUAUUGGCAAGAAAUGGGAGAUUCAACCCUCAGUGAACAAUCUGAGGCUGUUUGCAGCUAGCAAGACUUUACUGGAGUACAACUCUAGAACACUUGUAGCUAGUUCCUCCCCAUCCCCUCUUCCCCAUCCCCAUCAUUCCCCAUUCCCCAAGUUGAGCCCUCCCUGUUUUCUCCCCUUCCCCCAGAUCCUGGUUUUAUCAAUCUUUGAUAGUGUGCUGUUGGUUAAAGACACACUUUAAAACUCAAUGUACCGUGAGCCUCUCUCCACCUUCUUCUUCCCUCUGCUGGUGAAAAAGGUGGAUUAAAACCAGGGGAGUUCCUCUCCGUCACCUUUGUUCAAGCUCCUCCAGCGUAAGGGUCUCUCUUUGGGAUGGGUGGCCCAGCAAGGGCUCUCCUUGGAGGGUUCAGCACAACCACCUCCUCUCUGGAGGUGGGAGGUCGGAUGUCUUGGCCGAGCAACAACCCCCUGGACCUUAACCAAACCCUGCCUUGGGGGAGCGUUGGUGCGGGAGGCGCGGCGGCCAUGAGUGCAGGCCUGGACAAUUUUACCCAGGAGUCAAUCACCAGGGCAGUGAUCAAAGAGAAAAACUGGCCGGCGCUGCUCAUUCUCGUCAUCAUCGCGUUGACGAUCGGCGGCAACAUCCUGGUGAUCCUGGCGGUGUCGCUGGAGAAGAAGCUACAAAACGCCACCAACUUCUUCCUGAGGUCGCUGGCUGUGGCAGAUAUGCUCGUGGGCAUCCUGGUCAUGCCGAUCUCCUUAAUCAACAUCCUCUAUGACUACGCCUGGCCUCUCCCCAGCGCUCUCUGUCCGAUCUGGAUCUACCUGGACGUCUUAUUCUCCACCGCCUCCAUCAUGCACCUGUGCGCCAUCUCCCUGGACCGAUACGUCGCCAUCCGCAACCCCAUAGAGCACAGCCGCUUCAACUCCAGAACCAAAGCAAUGAUGAAGAUUGCCGCAGUCUGGACCAUAUCUAUAGGUGUGUCGAUGCCCAUCCCGGUCAUCGGCCUCCACAACGAGGACAAGGUCUUUGUCAACGGCAGCUGUGUCCUCAAUGAGGAGCGCUUCAUGCUGAUUGGCUCCUUUGUGGCCUUCUUCAUCCCACUGGUCAUAAUGGUGGUGACAUACUGCCUCACCAUACAGGUGCUCCAGAGGCAGGCCACUGUCUUCCUAUAUGAGGCAAAGACUUCCUCCCAGCAGCCUUUGCACACACCAGCAAUGACAAACACAUUGCAGCCUCCGCCCAGCACCUUCCACCUUCCUCAGAUCAACACACUUGCCCCGCCAGACUCACAAGAGUUAAAGCCCCCGCUCCCGCCUCCACCCCCGCCCCCUCAGAGCAGACGAAACACCCUGAGCUGUCUGAAAGGAGCGGAGCCCAGCAUACUGCUCAGCGCCUCCACAUCCGACAGCAUAAGCAUCAUUCCCAGCUCGGAGGCGGCGUCUCAGCUCAGCUCGCCAGCCGCGGGGCCGGGGCGGAGCGACACGUCGGGUUGCCACGGGCGACGGGGGAUGAUGCAGGCCAUAAAGAACGAGAGGCGGGCCUCCAAGGUCCUGGGAAUCGUCUUCUUCCUCUUCCUCAUCAUGUGGUGUCCCUUCUUCAUCACGAACGUUACCUUCGUCCUGUGCCGCGGCUCCUGCAACGAGUCACUGCUCCACGACCUCCUCAAUGUCUUCGUCUGGGUGGGUUACAUCUCCUCCGGAGUCAACCCGCUGGUCUACACCCUCUUUAAUAAGACCUACAGGAGAGCGUUCUCCAGCUACAUCAGGUGCCAGUAUAAAAUGGGGGCCAACGCUGCCGGACAGAGUUGUAAAACCCUCCUGGUCCCCCCACCGUGCCCGUCGCACGCCGUGACCCCUCUUCUGAUGGGCAGUCAUGGGAAAGCAGGCGUGGACCGGAACAGUAACUGUCGCAACGGCAGCAGGGGGGACAACGGGAGGCUGACAGUGGACCCCGAGGACACGACGGAUGACGGGACGCAAAUCGGAAUAGCGUCGCAGAGCCUCUCUGAAUGCCACAACAUCGGCAUACUAUCGGAGACAGAGCCGGAAACAGAGGUGGAGCAGGAGCUGUCGCUCAUCAGCUACAGCCCCGCCUCCAGAGAACACACAAGCAGCGUGUGACUGCGUGCUUCUUGUUGUUUCAUGUCUUCUUUCUAACCUGCAGACACUGGGCCGAGCAGCGUCUCAACGGGCCGGCGCUUGGAGCCUUCAGCCUUCUCACUGGUUUCAACUGUAAACCUGCAGUGGGGACUCUUAUUGUGGAAAGACUAGUCUCAGUUGAGAAGCCUUAUCCCCACACAGAAGUGCAGUACUUACAUCAGUGUGUAGAGAAAUCAGAAGAGUUUACCUCAUGGGUGAAAAAGUGGGAUUUUCCACUCCUGCUUUGGAAUGAAAACCAAUAUCUCAGCCGUGUUUAUUUUCUAUUUGCUGUCAAAAUGUUGCUUUUCAUACCAUAAGUGGAGAAUUAAAGCAUUUGUCAACGUAAUUGUGCUCAUCAGUCACAAGUGGUGUGCUUCAUGGGGGCAAAGGUGCCAGCUGAGACCCAGACAGGGAGGGAGAUUGGGCAAAAGAGUCGUUGAAGAGCGAACUCUCUUUGUCAACCUGGUAUGAAGUCAAGCGGUUCAUGGAGUCCCACUGACGCAGGUUACGGAAUCAAGCACCAACCGCCGAGGUCGACGGGGUCAAACUACGACUUCAAGCCUUCACACGUAGUCAAAAUGCAGUCUGAGCGCUGGUUCGUGUGGACCCCCCCCCCCCCCCCCCCCCCCACGCCAAGCAAAUGAAAACCAAAAUCUAUUUUUGUGCCGGUCAAGCUUGACGCCAACAGUCAUAAAAGUCUCUCUGAAUGACCCUUUUCCAGCAUGAGUAAUCUAAAAUGGGAUUUUUCUCUAAAGGAAACCUUCUCAAAGCUGCAGUCUGAGUUUGUCUGAGAGAAGAUGUUGGAAUGUACAUUGAUCGGUCGUGGACUCACAGUGCCAUCUGGUGGCCACAUGACGCACAGAGAGGCCGCUCCCCUUGACUACAACAAGGGGCUAAAACAACUAAAAAACAUGGUGCAGGCCUUUGGUCCAAAGCUGUCAGGCUCUUGCUUCCCUUAACCACUUUUCACAGUCCAACAUUACCAAUUUUUUACCCUAUAAAGUUUAAAAUAAAAGGAAGCAAUCUUAAAGUGUAAUUAAAAUAUGAUGUUUUUAACAGGAAUGCAGAUCAUUAAAAAGGAGCAAAAUACAUAGAUUUUACAUCAUCAGCCACAUUUGUUUUAUCGAUUAUCCAUCGUUAUCAUUGAGUCGCCUUCAUAAAACAAUAUAAAACUCACUCUCUGGGACCAACACGGCUGUGAUCAGUUCACACAUACCUUAAUUUUCCCUAAACAGUGUCAUUUCACACUUAAACUUAAAAAUCAAGAAAGUAUUAUUAGGCAAGUUCACAUCAUAGUAGCAAAUUUUAAUAAUGUCAAAAGCUGAGUUUGAACUGGAGACACAGAUUGUUACAGGUUCCAUAUCAGAAUAUUCCCAUCAUCAUCUUGGCUGUUUGGGAUUCAAGGCAUCUGUGAAGGACACAUUCUUGAAUGAACAAAAAUUUCUCUCCCUCAUUUACUUUUUUUUGUUCGAGGUCAGAUAUUAGAUCAGUCCGUCAGCUGCAUGAUUUUCUGUCAUGGUGGAGGCCAGAACUUUGUUUUUGACCCAUAACCUGAUGGUCAAAUCACCUUAAAUGAGACUCAGACAUCAGACCAGCAGCUGUUCAGCCACCGUAACCCAGAGUGUGACUCAAAGACCAAAUACCUUUAGAUUUCAUCUGUCGCACAAGACGGACAGAAAAUCAGUUCACUAAGAUUCAGACCCUUGACUCUAUCAAGACAGGUCACCAGACCCUCACAGCUCUGUCACGCUGAUUUUCUCGCCCUCCUUCCUCCCACAUUUUAUUGAUAUCUGACAAACGGAGCAAUUCCUCCACGCUGUGUCUCCAUCACUAAGAAAUAUCUGCAAUAGAGCAACUCACAAAAGGUUUGAAACAUUAUGUGGAUUUUAAAGGUGACAUAUCAUGGUGGCAAACCCACUCUCUAAGGACAUAGUAUAUGUAUGCAUUUAGCCAUUUGCUUUGUAGGUUUAGUCCAAUCGAGCUAAGGGAAUCUCUUAAAGGGGCAGCUCACCAAUUACACACAAAGUUAUCUGGGUUUGGGCUUGAGGCUCAAAAUUUGGAAGUGAAGGGUUGGAAAUCUUUCCUUUAAUUUACAUUUAACUUGAGGGAGGUGCAAUAUAAAUAGCUGGAAUUCCCCUUUAAAUACAAAAAAUAUUGACAAACAGUUAAUUUACUGAGUUUUCCCUCCAUCUUAGCAAUCACUGUAUCAAAGUAGAUGUACCCCUCCCACUGUAAACAAUAUUUCAUUUUGGUAAUAAUCACUUAAACCAAAAUACAACACCUGAAUGUACAAGGUUUUUACCCACGAUCCCUCCACUUCCAAGGUCAAAGAGCAUAGGUCAAAGUCUGCAGUGGACCAAUCAAAACCCGGAGCCUGAGGUCUGCAGCCACCUCCACAUACAGUUCAUUCUAAUUCUAUGCUUCUCUGUAUAAUGUAUCCACAAUCUGUAUGUUGCAGACUUACACAGUGGUCAUCGCACCACUUUUCUCUCCACAAAGGGAGAGGUCUACAUGAGCUAAUGUCGGCGAGCGCGGUACCAAGGUUUUGGCCUAAAAAUAUGUGCGUGAAUGUUUGAAGUGUUGUUCAAAAGGUCCUCUCUGCCUCAUUUAGUUGUGUUUUUGUUUUUUGUCCAGAGUCACAGUCAGAAAGGAGAGAACAAACAAAGAGCAAUCAACAACAUGCAUAUUGGAAACAGAAUGCAAUUCUUUCAGGCCUUUCAUCUUUAUCAAAGUGCAAAAAUACCAACAAUAAACAACAUAAACGAGGAAAAAUGGAGAAGAGAGGACUCUUUGAACUUAGUUGAAUGGGUUCUGUUUGAUCAACCCAGGUGUAAGAAAGCAAAGAGCUACAGACGGGCCAGCCAACUCAAUAUGUCGCAAUGUAAUAACUAUAUGUUUCCCGUGUACCUGUGUGUGUACCAGUGCCUGGAUCAAAUUGCUAUCUGAGAUUGAUUCAGUCAUUUUCAGAGUGUUUGUCGAUUGUGUCUGGAACAAUGGAUCCAGUCGGAUCUUCCCUGCAGACGCCAAUCCUGUCCGGCCCCAGUUCCAGACAGAUGAAGGCAAUCAUGCUGACAAAGUAUCUGAAAGGAUUUCAAGUAAUAACUCGGUCCAGGUCUGGUGUGUAUAGACAGAGUAGGAGCCGUUUAUUGACAAAGUUUCAUUUUAAUACAUUUGAGGGAGGGGGGGUGGCUGAUUUGGGUCCCCCCCCCCCCCCUCCAGGACUAUUUAUUGUUGCCAGGCAACAAUGCAUUGCACAAGAACUGUUUGAGAAAAUGAUGUAGUAUAUAUGAGAAUUGUCUAACUCUAUGAGUGAGAUGUUUUAUGCUCAAACAAUCAGAGCAUACGGUAUGUGCAAGCUUAAAGGAGAAAUCCACCCUGAAGUGUGAAGAUGAGCCUGAAGCUCAACAAUUUUUACUCUUUUUAAAGAUUAGUGGGAAAUGCAGGGACAUUAUAAACAGAAAGAGCAGUAACCUGCAGCACUUCACCGCAGAAUAUCUCAUGUAAUGGAUUUAUCAUUCAGAGAAAAGGUGAAACGUAAGAGAAUCCGAGGGUGGAUUUUUUUUUCUUCAAAGGACUAGUUCAACUUUUUGGGAAAUAUGUUUAUCCUGACAUCAAACACCAAACAGUUAGCCUGGCUCUGUCUGAAGGUAACUACAUCCAUUCCACGACCAGAGUGUAAAAUGAGUUGUGUACCCAUCUGAAGUCCGCCUGCCAACCUCACUUUCACAAAAGACUUUAAGAAGUUGGUUUCUUUUUGUUUGCACUGAACAAAAGAGAUGAAACAUGUUCAUUAUUGAGCUUCAGAGGUGCUGCUAGGUGGAUUCUUUUUCCUGUUUACCCUCUGUUAACACACAGACAUGAGAGUGAUAUUGAUCUUCUCUUCUCACGCUAAGAAAGUAAAUGCACAUAUUUCCCAAAAAUGUCGACCUAUUGCACUAAAUCUUACGAGAUCCAGCAGAGAGACCAGGUGCAAUGCAUCCUCUCUUUUAAAACCACAUUUAUUAGUGCUAAGUUUAAAAUAAUAACUUACCUAAAGAAUUCACAAGAGCUCACAGUUUUCAAAUCUAAAUGUAAAAAUACCUCAACAUGCUGUCUUUUAUAGGACAUGGCAAACCAACUUUUUCAUAUAGGGAAACCCAAAAGCACUAAACUUUUUUUUUUCUUUUUCUAAUAGUGUCUCUUAACUUAGCUGCUGCCUCGCCUGUCGUCCCCGACGUGUAACUCUGUCAGUAAAUGGCUCUGAGAAUAGCCAGAGCUGCAGGUUGUUCAAGAGUUUGGCAAACCCAGCUUCUCCAGUGCACCUUCCCCUGCGUUAAAAACCUUGGCUCCUGAACCCGAGGUGUCGGCACUCUCUGAUGCUCGUUUGCUUCGACACAGAUCAGUGUGUCUGGUUUGUCUUGCUCUUGUAUGAUCCAGCGCUCGUGGGUUAACUCUCUUUUUAAUGUGUUGAACCUUCUUCUGUUAUGCAGUGGCUGUUUUUUAUACCAUUUUAAUUGUGAAUGUUUGUCUACGACACAUCUUCUUGAGUUUAUACAACAAUUAUGCCAUCAUCCACACAAUGUAUAUUUUCUUUUUUUUCUGUGUGAUGCUGCUAUUUAUUUAUUAAAAUAUUAUUCUAA